AUGAAGAGCCUCAAGAGAGGACUGGCUUCGGAUCCCGGCGCGGCCAAUAUCACAAGCAAAGUAUUCCUCCGAUCGACACGCAGCGGCAAGGUGCAGAAAGUGGUACGAGAACAGUAUUUGCGAAAGGACAUACCUUGCUCGUCGCAACUAUGCUCAACAUGCCCAGCGACCGCGGCUACAGACGUCCAUGGCCAAGUGCCGCCGUUCGUUCUGUCGAAGCGCCCUGUCGGAAUCAAGUCGUUUCCCAAUGGCCACUACCUCAUACCCGACACUAAUGUUCUCUUAACCGGCAUGGAUGUCUUUGAGGAUACAAACAAUUUCCACGAUGUCAUCGUUCUACAGACUGUCCUGGAAGAGCUCAAGAAUCGGUCCCUGCCUCUAUACAAUCGGCUGAUGGCUUUGACAAAGAGCGAGGAGAAAAGAUUCUACCUAUUCUUCAAUGAAUUCAGAUCCGAGACUAACGUACGUCGAGAAGAAGGCGAGAGCAUCAACGAUCGAAAUGACAGGGCCGUGCGAAGAGCAGCAAGCUGGUAUACCUCUCAUCUAUCGGCAAGCACCAAGAAGAAAGCGCCCACAAUUGUAAUCCUCACCAACGACCAGGACAAUCGGAGGAAGGCCAGGGCGGAGGGCCUGCCUGCUCUGUCGCUGCGCGAGUAUGUGUCAGAGCUGGAUGACGCAGAUAGACUACUCGAUAUGGUCGCCGAAGGUCAGGAAACGAAGCAGCUGGUUGGUGAACUAUUUUACCCGGAGUAUUACACUGCGUCAAGACUCGCCACAGGUAUCAAGAAUGGUACGCUUUAUCAAGGCUUCUUUCACGUGUCCGCAUACAACUAUCUGGAGGGGACAGUCAAGACCGCUGCGUUCGACAAGCCACUGCUUAUCUUGGGUCGCGAAAGUAGCAAUCGUUCUGUGUCCGGAGAUAUUGUUGUGGUUGAGAUGCUGCCGAAGGAUCAGUGGCGGACAGCUUCUUCCAAGGUGGUCGAUGAGGAAGAGGUCAAUGCCAACGAGAAUGCCGAAAAUGAAGAGACAGGCGAUGUGGUUGUGACUGAAGCCGAGAGGGAAGCCUUGCAAGCGGAGGCAAGAGAUGCUCAGUCUGCAGGAUCUGAGUCAAAAGCUCAACCGACCGCGCGAGUCGUCGGGGUCACGCGAAGAAAUUGGAGGCAAUUUGUGGGCACUAUCGACUCCAAAGCUGCAAUCUCUGGUGGCCGACAGACGACAGUGUUCCUCAUGCCCAUGGAUAAGCGAAUACCCAAAGUACGCAUACGGACACGUCAGGCGGAUGAGCUGGUUGGCAAGCGACUGCUAGCAACCAUAGACGCGUGGGAUCGAGACAGCAGAUAUCCGAUUGGCCACUACAUCCGAUCGUUGGGUGAAUUGGAGACAAAAGAGGCAGAGACUGAAGCUCUGCUGCUGGAGCACGAUGUGCAGUAUCGUCCAUUCCCAAAAGCAGUCCUGGAUUGCUUACCUGCCGAAGGCCACAACUGGAAAGUACCUCAGGCACUGGACGAUCCUGGAUGGAAAGGCCGCAAAGAUCUACGAGAACUUCUUGUAUGCUCGAUCGAUCCUCCCGGCUGUCAGGACAUCGACGAUGCACUGCAUGCGCGACAGCUACCUAAUGGCAAUUUCGAAGUAGGCGUACAUAUUGCUGACGUUUCACACUUUGUUCGUCCAAGCAAUGCCAUGGACGCUGAAGCCACAGCGCGAGGCACGACAGUGUAUCUAGUCGACAAGCGCAUCGAUAUGCUGCCGUCGCUGCUCGGCACUGAUCUGUGCUCGCUGAAGCCUCACAUCGAGCGAUUUGCUUUUUCGAUUUUGUGGGAGCUAACUCCAGAUGCCGAUGUUGUAUCAGCGUCAUUCACCAAAUCGGUCAUUUACUCGAGGGAGGGCUUCUCAUAUGAGCAAGCACAAAAGCGUAUUGACGACAAAUCAGCCACAGAUGAUCUAACGCAGGGCAUGAGAACUCUGUUGAGUUUGUCCCAGAAACUGCAAGCCAAGCGUAUGGCGGCCGGUGCACUCAACCUGUCGUCUCCUGAAGUACGGAUUGAGGCAGACAGCGAUGAGACAUCGGAUGCCCUUGCCGACAUCAAGACAAAAGCUUCGCUCGCAACGAACUCUCUCGUGGAGGAGUUCAUGUUGCUCGCGAACACUACAGUCGCUCGGAAGAUUCAAGGCGUCUUCCCUCAGACGGCUCUACUGCGCCGACACGCGGACCCCCCUGCGAGCAAUUUUGCGGAACUGUCUGAUCAACUCAAGCGCAUGCGGGGGUUUGAACUUGACGUAUCGAGCUCAAAGGCUCUGGCGGAGAGUCUCGACAAGUGCGUCGACCCUGCGCAUCCGUUCUUCAACACCCUCAUUCGUAUCAUGGCCACGCGAUGCAUGACGUCGGCAGAGUAUUUCUGCAGUGGAGAACACGCGGAGCCCGAAUUCCGCCAUUACGGCCUCGCAAGCGACAUCUACACACAUUUCACGUCACCCAUCAGACGAUACGCGGAUCUGCUCGUCCACCGCCAGCUUGCCUAUGCUAUCCAAUACGAUGGUCAAGGAAGCGAAAGAGUCGACGAAGGUCUACGGAAUAAGUCAAAGUUGGACAAAGUCUGUGCGAACCUCAACUUCCGUCACCGGAAUGCUCAAAUGGCCGGACGAGCCAGCAUCGAGUACUAUGUUGGCCAAGCUCUUAAGGCUCGCGGUGAGAAGGCACCCAACAAGAAGAUCGAAGUCGAAGGCUACGUCAUGCGCGUCUUUGAGAAUGGCAUUGUUGUCUUUGUUCCCCAAUUUGGAGUCGAAGGUCUCGUUCGACUGGAAGACUUUGAGCUGCGGAAGGAGGUGGGUGCAACAAGAGAGAGCGAGUAUGAUGCUGAUGCACACACUUUGACUGUCUUCGAGAAGGACCAGCUCAGCGAUGGUGUCAAGGUCGAGCUCUUCCAGCAGUUAAAGGUCCGCGUGAGCUCUGAGGAGAAGGGCGGUAUUCGUGAGAAGGGCAAGCGACGAGUCAGAAUUGUCGUGAUAUCCUCCUGA